CUGGGCAUGUAUAUUCCAUUUUUGUCUCUUUCUCUCCCUCUCUCUCUCUCCCUCUCCCUCUUUUAUUUUCAGGCUGAGGGAUUUGGGCAGAGAGAGGGAGAGUGAAGGGGGAUAUUUUUCUCCCUUAAAAAAUAGGCAGCCAUCUUUCUUAAACACCUUACCCUUCCAAUUAUACACAGUCAUCAGCCCCCUCCUUAAGCAGAAGAGGUGGAAAGCUGCAGAAUCCUAUGGGUUAAAUCUCUGAAGAUUUUUUUUCCCCCUCCCAUUAAUAUUUUUUAAAACAUUUUUGGAAAGGUGAAACUAAGGAUUUAGAUUGUAAUAUAACUGCAUUGCAUUGAUCUUGGAGAAGGUGGGGGCAUGCGGGGGCCACUGGGGAAUGAAGAUCUCUUGAUGGAAGACAUGGAAAAUGAAGAGAUGUCAGAAGAAGAAGAAGUAAUCGAAGCAAUUGAUGAUUUUUUUACGGAAGAACACUUGAGCACGCCUAAGAAAAAGAAAUCAAAAAAAUCAAAAGAUAGUAAAAUCUCUAAAACCAAGCGAAAAAAAAAGGAGGGAAGUGAAGAGGAGCUAUCCGAAAAUGAAGAGGACAUGGAAGACAAAACAGAAAGUGAAGGAAGUGACUAUGCUCCAAAUAAAAAGAAGAAGAAAAAACUUAAGGAAAAGAAAGAAAAAAAAACUAAGCGGAAAAAGAAAGAUGAAGAAGAUGACGAUAAUGAUGAAGGAUGUAUGAAGGAGCCAAAAACAUCAGCUCAGCUAAUGGAAGAAUGGGGUUUGGAUAAUGUGGAUUAUGCUUUCUCAGAGGAAGAUUAUCAUACGCUGACUAAUUACAAGGCCUUUAGUCAGUUUCUCAGGCCUUUAAUUGCCAAGAAGAAUCCUAAAAUCCCGAUGUCCAAGAUGAUGACUGUGCUUGGAGCCAAAUGGAGGGAAUUUAGUGCCAAUAACCCUUUCAAGGGAACGUCCGCAGCAGCUGCGGCCGCUGCAGUUGCUGCAGCAGUUGAAACUGUGGCUGUUGCAGCUCCAUUAUUGGUGAGCCCUCCGCAGCCAAUCCAACCUGUGCCCAUCAGGAAGGCUAAAACCAAGGAAGGAAAAGGUCCCGGUGUUAGAAAAAAAGCAAAAUCAUCCAAAGAUUCAAAGAAAAAAGGCAAAGGGAAAAAAACUGCAAAUUUAAAAUUUAGAUUUGGAGGCACUGCAAGCAAAAGGAAAAAAGGAUCUUCUAGUGAAGAGGAGGAGCGAGAGGAGUCAGACUUUGACAGCGCGAGCAUCAAUAGUUCCUCAGUGCGUUCAGAUAUCUCCGCUGGAUUUGGGAAGAAGGCAAAAAAAGGGAAAAAGAAAAAGAGAGUUGAAGAAGGUGACGGGUAUGAGACGGACCAUCAAGAUUACUGUGAGGUUUGUCAGCAGGGAGGGGAAAUCAUUUUGUGUGACACAUGUCCUCGUGCCUAUCACCUUGUCUGCCUGGAUCCUGAACUGGAGAAAGCCCCCGAAGGAAAAUGGAGUUGUCCGCACUGUGAAAAAGAAGGUAUCCAGUGGGAACCAAAGGAAGAUGAUGAAGAGGAAGAAGAAGUCGGUGAGGAGGAGGAGGAAGAUGACCACAUGGAAUUCUGCCGUGUUUGUAAAGAUGGGGGUGAACUAUUGUGCUGUGACACUUGUCCCUCUUCUUAUCAUUUGCACUGUCUUAACCCACCUUUGCCUGAGAUACCAAAUGGUGAAUGGUUGUGCCCACGUUGUACGUGUCCGCCUUUAAAAGGCAAAGUGCAGCGAAUUCUCUAUUGGACUUGGAAAGAACCUCCACCCCCAUCAGCUCCUCCGGAGAUAGAUGUCAUCAUGCCCCCACCGAAGCCAGUUGAGGGCAUCCCAGAAAGGGAAUUCUUCGUGAAAUGGGCAGGACUUUCCUAUUGGCACUGCUCCUGGAUUAAAGAGCUACAGCUGGAGCUCUACCACACAGUCAUGUUUCGAAAUUACCAAAGAAAGAACGACAUGGACGACCCACCAGCAUUUGACUACGGGUCUGGGGAUGAAGAAAGCAAAUGUGAGAAGCGUAAAAACAAAGACCCUCAAUAUGCAAUAAUGGAGGAGAAAUUUUACCGUUAUGGCAUAAAACCGGAGUGGAUGAUGAUACACAGAAUAAUGAACCACAGUUUCGAUAAAAAAGGAGAUGUCCACUAUUUUAUUAAGUGGAAGGACUUACCGUAUGAUCAGUGUACGUGGGAAAUUGAUGACAUCGAUAUUCCGUAUUAUGAAAAUCUUAAAGAAGCUUAUUGGGACCACAGGGAGCUAAUGCUGGGAGAAGAUGCAAGAACCCCAUGCAGAUUUAAGAAUGCUAAAAAAUUGAAGGAUGAAAAGCUGGAAAAACCUCCUCUAACACCAAUAGUUGAUCCCACUGUUAAAUUUGACAAGCAGGCGUGGUAUAUUGAUUCAACUGGUGGCACAUUACAUCCAUACCAGCUGGAAGGAUUAAACUGGUUAAGAUUUUCUUGGGCUCAGGGUACGGAUACUAUUCUUGCAGAUGAAAUGGGCCUGGGGAAAACGGUCCAAACUAUUGUGUUCCUCUACUCGCUUUAUAAGGAGGGUCAUUCUAAAGGUCCGUAUUUGGUCAGUGCACCAUUGUCUACAAUCAUUAAUUGGGAACGGGAGUUUGAGAUGUGGGCCCCAGAGUUUUAUGUCGUAACAUACACUGGAGAUAAAGAAAGUCGUGCAGUCAUUAGAGAAAAUGAGUUUUCUUUUGAGGACAACGCUAUCAAGAGCGGAAAGAAGGUGUUCAGGAUGAAAAAAGAAGCCCAAAUAAAAUUUCAUGUGCUGCUUACAUCAUAUGAACUCAUCACUAUUGACCAUGCAAUACUGGGAUCCAUUGAGUGGGCAUGCCUUGUGGUGGAUGAAGCUCACAGACUGAAGAACAACCAAUCAAAAUUCUUUAGGGUAUUGAAUAGCUACAAGAUUGACUAUAAAUUGCUGCUAACUGGAACACCCCUCCAGAAUAAUCUAGAAGAACUAUUUCACCUACUGAAUUUCCUGACACCCGAAAGAUUUAAUAAUCUAGAAGGCUUCUUGGAAGAAUUUGCUGACAUCUCCAAGGAGGACCAAAUCAAGAAACUUCACGACUUACUAGGUCCUCACAUGCUGAGAAGACUGAAGGCAGAUGUGUUUAAGAACAUGCCAGCCAAAACAGAAUUAAUAGUCCGGGUGGAACUCAGCCAAUUGCAGAAAAAAUAUUAUAAGUUUAUAUUAACCAGAAACUUUGAGGCUUUGAACUCCAAAGGGGGUGGAAACCAGGUGUCCCUACUGAAUAUCAUGAUGGAUUUAAAAAAAUGCUGCAAUCACCCAUACCUGUUUCCUGUAGCUGCUGUGGAAGCUCCCGUCUUACCAAAUGGAUCAUAUGAUGGAAAUGCUUUAGUUAAAUCAUCUGGAAAAUUGAUGCUGCUACAAAAAAUGCUAAAGAAGCUGAAAGACGGAGGACACCGCGUUCUCAUUUUCUCUCAGAUGACAAAAAUGCUGGAUUUACUUGAAGAUUUUCUUGAAUAUGAGGGAUAUAAAUAUGAACGGAUAGAUGGUGGAAUCACCGGCGGCCUGCGUCAAGAGGCAAUCGAUAGGUUUAAUGCUCCCGGAGCGCAACAGUUCUGCUUUCUGCUAUCCACAAGAGCUGGAGGUCUGGGGAUAAACUUGGCUACUGCUGACACCGUGAUUAUUUAUGAUUCAGACUGGAAUCCUCACAAUGAUAUACAGGCUUUCAGCCGAGCACACAGAAUUGGGCAGAAUAAAAAAGUUAUGAUCUACCGGUUUGUCACAAGAGCAUCUGUAGAAGAAAGAAUCACACAGGUGGCAAAGAGGAAAAUGAUGUUAACCCACUUGGUUGUCCGUCCAGGACUUGGGUCUAAAUCUGGAUCUAUGACUAAGCAAGAGUUGGAUGAUAUUUUAAAAUUUGGGACGGAGGAGCUAUUCAAAGAUGAUGUUGAAGACCAUCAUUGUGGCACCUUAACUGUAUACAGAAGAACUGGUGACAAUAAGGAUGUAGAAGAUAGCAGUGUUAUUCAUUAUGAUGAUGCUGCCAUUUCCAAACUUCUGGAUCGAAACCAAGAUGCCACAGAGGAUACGGAAAUCCAGAAUAUGAACGAGUAUCUCAGUUCUUUCAAAGUGGCUCAGUACGUUGUGAGGGAAGAAGAUGGAGUGGAGGAAGUUGAACGUGAAAUAAUCAAGCAGGAAGAGAAUGUAGAUCCAGAUUACUGGGAAAAGUUGCUGAGACAUCAUUAUGAGCAACAACAAGAGGACCUUGCAAGGAACUUGGGAAAGGGGAAAAGGAUACGAAAGCAGGUCAACUACAAUGAUGCAUCGCAGGAGGACCAAGAAUGGCAAGAUGAGCUGUCUGACAACCAAUCAGAAUACUCAGUUGGCUCAGAAGAUGAAGACGAAGACUUUGAAGAAAAGCCUGAAGGAGGACGAAGGCAGUCUAGAAGACAGCUAAAGAGUGACAGAGACAAACCUCUACCACCUCUUCUGGCCAGAGUUGGAGGAAAUAUUGAGGUUCUUGGAUUUAAUGCUCGUCAACGCAAAGCCUUCUUAAAUGCAAUCAUGAGAUGGGGGAUGCCACCACAAGAUGCCUUUAAUUCUCACUGGCUUGUGCGGGACCUCAGAGGAAAGAGUGAAAAAGAAUUCAGGGCGUAUGUCUCCCUAUUUAUGAGGCACCUCUGUGAACCUGGGGCUGAUGGCGCGGAAGCCUUUGCGGAUGGGGUCCCAAGAGAAGGGCUUUCUCGGCAGCAUGUUCUCACUAGAAUCGGAGUCAUGUCACUGGUUCGAAAGAAGGUCCAGGAGUUUGAACAAGUUAAUGGGAAAUACAGUACCCCGGAUUUGAUUCCCGAGGGGGUAGAAAAUAAAAAGUCAUUUGACAAUGUAUCAUCUGAUCCAACUACACCUGUCCCUGCAAGUCCUGCCCCAACUCAACUCGGAGCAGCUCCUGUGACAGAAAAGAGUGAUACACAAUUUGCUACGCCAGAGGAGAAUGAUAUUGUAGAACAAAAGACCAAAUCUGUCUUGGAGUCACAGAUUCUACCUAAGCAGGAGAAGGUAGAUAGUGAAGAGAAAAAUAAUGAACAUUUUGAUAACAAGGACAAGAAAAAAAGUGACAAUGCUGAAGAGGAAGAUGCUGAAAAAGAACCUUCAAAUCCCAACUCUAGAGGUGAUCCACUUCAAGAGCAAGAAAAGCCAUUAGAAACAGCGGAAUCAAAUGUUCCCCAUAAUAAACUGGAUGAAAAGGACCCCAAGCCAGUUGAGGAGAACAAACCAGAUGAGAAAGAUUGCAAUACCCAACAGAAUGGAGAAAAUGAGAUAAAACAGGAAGAUGAGGAAGGAAAAAAAGAAGAUAAAAAUGGAAAAUAUAAAUUUAUGUUUAACAUUGCAGAUGGAGGCUUUACAGAGCUUCAUACAUUGUGGCAAAAUGAAGAGAGAGCUGCCACAUCUUCUGGAAAAAUCUAUGACAUCUGGCACAGAAGGCAUGAUUACUGGUUACUUGCAGGGAUAGUCACACAUGGAUAUGCUCGUUGGCAAGAUAUUCAAAAUGACUCUAGAUAUUUAAUCUUGAAUGAACCUUUUAAAUCUGAGAUCCACAAGGGAAACUAUCUGGAAAUGAAAAACAAGUUUCUUGCACGGAGAUUUAAGCUGCUGGAACAGGCUCUUGUUAUCGAAGAACAGCUCCGAAGGGCAGCAUAUCUUAACAUGACACAAGACCCAAACCAUCCAGCCAUGGCUCUCAAUGCUCGACUGGCAGAAGUGGAGUGCCUUGCAGAGAGCCACCAGCAUCUCUCCAAAGAGUCUCUCGCAGGGAACAAGCCUGCUAAUGCAGUUCUACAUAAAGUCCUAAACCAGUUAGAAGAAUUGUUGAGUGACAUGAAAGCGGAUGUGACACGGUUACCCUCCAUGCUCUCCCGGAUACCCCCGGUUGCUGCCCGUCUUCAGAUGUCAGAGCGCAGUAUCCUUAGCAGACUGACCAACAGAGGGGGAGAUUCAGCAGUACAGGGAACAUUCGGCUCCUCACAGAUGUACAACAACAACUUUGGCCCAAAUUUCCGUGGCCCUGGCCCAGGAAAUAUCGUCAACUACAGUCAGAUGCCUCUGGGACCCUACGUGGCCGCACCAAAUGGGACACAACAGAGUUAUCCAGACAGAAAAUCUGUAGAUUCGUUGAAGGAUUGUGCUUCACUGGAACGUAAAGCCAGACUUAACGAUAUCAUCUUUAUUGAAGACUAAACUGCAGUUACAAGCAGGUUGGAUGCAGAGACAGCCAUGUUCAUACUUAUAGUGUUUCACUAGCCAUCGUACAGACUUCAUAUUAAGGGGAUUUCAUUUCCUUAUUCUUUUUUGCACUUUCGUCAUUGAAGACUUGAAGAGUUAAUCUCCACAACUAAGAAUGAAAUAUUUACAGUUACUUGUGAAGAGUAAUUCCAGAAUAUUUGCUAUCUCUUUAUAUCAGCCUUGAAGUGAGAUCUGUUGUCGAGUUCUUUACGGUUUUAAGUUUGGUGGCCAUCGGAGUGCACUAAGCAUGACCUGGCGUUUUUUUUUACACAUGUUGCUAAAAACUCCAGCACCUCCAGUAUUUUAUCAGUUUCGGAACAUGCAUGAAAGUAUUCUGCCUUUUAAAUAACAUUAGAUAUAUCUUAAUUUUUGUUUCCCUUUUCAUCCCAUGUCGUAACAGAGGAGUUUACAGAAUGAAGAACUGUGUACUUGUUACUACAGAUAGUGAUGGAAUGCUGCCUACAUUAAAUGCUUUUCCCCCAUUUAUCUUGUUCACAUUCUCAUGUAUCAAUUUGUGGUCAGGCCUUCAAAGUGACAGUAUCCAAUAUGGGUUUUACUCUAAACAUAUACACAUAUUGGGGGGGAGGAGGGACCACUUCAGUAGUUAUCACACACAUGCACACGCACACUUAUUUUCCAUAACACACACUUACACACACCAUAUAACACACACACACACACACACACACACACCAUAACACACUGUUCCUAGUUGUGAAUAAUUUUAUAUAAUUCCAACUGAGAAACACUCUCUGUCUCCCUGUCUGUCUCACAAAUACCCUCUCUCUCUCUCUCUCUCUCUCUCUCUCUCUCUCUCUCUCUCUCUUACAUCUAAUCACCUCCUCUCCCUCUUUGAUUCAGAGCGGAGACCAGGUGGAGGAGGAUAUGGAUAACCAGCAUUAUAGCUCCUCUCCUGAAGCAAGGUAGUAUUGAGGAGUCCACUAAGUCAGUUUAGGUGGGGGUGAGUAUAAAAGAUGAGACAAGAUUAAGUAGCUGUAAAGUGUACAUCUCCGAUAUUGCAACGACAUACAUAUCAGCAGUUUACCAAGCAACAUUCAGUUUAACAGAUUACCAAGUAUAGCACUUCUUCGUUACACAAGUAUCUUUUGAUAGAAGGGUGACUUCCAUAACAAUGAAGAUCAGGUAGUUCCCACUGAUUCUAUUUAGUACUACCAUUCAGUGUCUGCUCACACUGUGAAUUAUGAGUUUACUUAUUGCCCACUGUGAUGUCUCACCGCGCACACUGCAGCUGUCUAUUAAUAAUACG